UGACGUGAUACGGCGUACAGUGCAAGCGAACGAAAGACAACAUCGUACUUUGAUGUCCUUCAAAUCAACUCUGAUUUCUUAAUCGUAGUCGCUGCUAGCACCAUGGCGGACCCGGAUACAGAGGAGAUCGUUGAUCCGUACAGCGUGAAGUUCAAUACGAAGUGGGAAGCCACGCCGAUACGCGGCUUUAAAUCUAAUGUGGACUAUAUCUACGCUAUGAAAGAAGACUUGGCAGAGUGGUUUAACGAUAUGUAUAACUUGGACCUUACCGUCGAGACCUUUCUAGAGAAACUGGAGUCCGGUAUCGUUCUCUGUCAACACGCGAAUAAUGUGCACAAAGCUGCCGUCGAGUACCGGAGACAGUUCGCCGAGUUAGCGGCGAGGAAUGGGUUACAAAUCCCGGAGACGGAAAUAAGGUACAAGCCGUUAGCGCCCCCCGGAACGUUCAUGGCUAGGGAUAAUAUCAGCAAUUUUAUAACAUGGUGUCGACAUUCUCUUGGUGUAAAGGACGUGUUGUUAUUCGAGACCGACGAUUUAGUUUUACGGAAAAACGAGAAAAGUUUUGUGUUGUGCUUGCUUGAAGUUGCCCGGCGCGGGGCAAAGUUCGGCAUGGAGUCUCCGACGAUUAUUCAGAUGGAGGCCGAAAUCGACGCCGAAAUUUCGGGUGGUCCGAAAUCGGAAAUAUGUGUGCAGAAGAAGAACUUUGAUCUCAUGUCGCUGGAUGAAUUGGUGCGUGACCUAGUUAAUCGAUGUACGUGUCCAGUCCAGUUUCGAAUGAUUGAGGUGUCUCAGGGCAAAUACAGAAUAGGCGACUUCAAUACACUUAUAUUUGUCAGGAUUCUUCGUAGUCACGUGAUGGUCCGUGUAGGUGGCGGCUGGGAUACCUUAGAACACUAUCUUGACAAGCAUGACCCAUGCCGUUGUGCAGGUCAUAAAGCAGCUAGAUUACAUGACAAUUUACGACGACAACCCUCACCAUCAGGCUCAGAUAUGAGGUCAUCCAGACAGCCUAGGACCACCCAAGAAUGCGACCAAAGCAAUAACAAAGUUCACCAUCAUUUUCAUAGUACUGGCGAUGUCAAUGUUCAAAAUGGUGAUACUCAGAGAAGACCUUCUGGUGAAAAAAGCUACAGGAGUCCAAGAAGUUAUCGAUCAACAUCACCGGCACCCUCAUAUGGAUCCUCAUCAUCAACUCCGAUGAGAAGAUCAGGAAGUGUUGGAAGACUCAGUGAUGAAAGGAGAACAACUUCAGAAGAUUCAUACAACAGACCGUCUGCGUACACAACUAAUUAUACUCAUGAUAGUGGAAGUCAGUCAAUGAACUCAAGUUUAGGGUCUAGCCUACGCAAUGGACUUUCAGAUUCCACAGAAUUUUAUUCAAAAUCAAAUUCUGUUACUACAAAGCCACCACGUGCCCCGUCACCCAGAAAUGUUACAAACAAUGUAGACAAUGCCACCAGGAGAGGCAGAUCUAGCCCUGUACCAAAUCUCUUGAGUCCUGACAGCUCAGACAGUGAAGGAAAAAGACAACAUUACUGUCAUUCAUCUUCUCUUGACUGGAAUCCAAGUGUUAGUUUGAAUUUGUCACCAUACGAAGUCUCUGGUAAUAAUACAUUAUCAUGGACACGGCGAAACGAGGCUGCAAGAACAUUGCCAGAAACACCAGCAAGAACAUCGGGAAGAUCAAGUCCUUCACCCGUUGCAGCAUAUAUUAGGUCAGGACGAUCAAGUCCAGCACCAUCACAUCGUUCUGGACGACAAAGUCCAAGCCGGAUAGAAAAUGACAGAGCAAUGGAAUCACCUAGAAGGGUCUCAGGUAGAUCAAGUCCAAGUAUGGUUGAAAGGAACAGGGAAAGUGGUAGAGGGAGUCCAGCUCCUAUUGAACAAGAGCUCAGUGAAACUGUUCAGGGGAGAUCAACAGGUAGAUUAAGUCAAACUUCUUUUGACAGAGAACGAGACAGAGGACAUGCCAGGACACGAUCAACAGGUAGAUCGAGUCCAUCCCUCUUUGACAAGGAAAGAAACAAUCAGACAGGACGUUCAAGUCCAAUUUCAAUGCAGGAAUCCAAAACAUUUUCAGGAAGAACAAGUCCUGGUCCAUCAUCUAGAGAAAGGCCAGUGCGAUCAAGUUCAGCUACUCGAACAGGUAGUAGUUUUGUGGAACGACAAAGAGAGCGGAAAGAACAAAUAGCAAAUGCCAGAUCAAGCCCAGCUCCUUCCUCGUCAAUGUCCAGAUCUGGAAGGAGCAGUCCUAGCCCUGUGGAAUCACGCCGAGUUGUUAGAUCAUCAAGCCCAGCUCCAUCAAGAUCAUCAAUUACUAGCCGUUCUAGUUCUGUUCCAAGAUCUUCCUCCCCAGCUCCAAGACCUGCUUCACCAAGUCGUUCUUCAUCAUAUUCCAGGACAGCCCACAAACAAGAUGUAAAUGGUAUGACAUUCACCAUAUCAAGAACAGAUGAUGGUAAUCACCAGGUCAACAGAGAAGGAUAUGGCGAGCAUGAAAGAUUCAACACAGCACCUUCAACGAGACAUUCACGCUCCGUGAGAUCACAAGAAGAGAGACAGAUAGAACCAUCAGCAACCAGUCGAAGAGCUAAGGAGAGAGAAGAGCGAGAACUUCAACGUAGAAGAUGUCGGUCUGUAUCCCCGGAAAGAGCACGUCGUAGAGAGAAGGAAAUGUCACGAAUGUCCGAAAGUCGAGAUAAGGAAGAUAAAACACAAUAUAGAUAUCGUUCAAAAACACCCCAGCCAAGAGAUUUAGAAAAAAGGCAACUGUCACGAUCACAUGGUAUUGAGGAUGGGAUAGCUUCUCAUGAACGGCAGAAAAGUAAACAGCGAAUGCAUGAAUCAAUGAGACGAUUAAUCACAGGGUCCAAAACAAAUAAUGAUGCUUAUGAUUCCGACGAUGAAGCAGACGACAGUUCAAAUUCUUCUGAUCAACGACGAUCACGAGUUCAAUUUAAUGACGGGUUGAAUAAGAGCAUCCGACAUUCUGCUUUAAGACCAUGUUCCCCGAUUCCUAAUUUUCAUAAAUUGGAACCAAGAUUUUAUAUGCCUCCGAGGGCUGACCCUUUUCAAAGCAAACGCCCAACAAAAAUACCGAAACCAGUUUUCCACGAAAAAGGUUAUAAGGUUAAACAUAGUCCAAGUGUGAACAAUAGCCUUAGCAAACUCAGAAGUCGUGCCUCGGCACAUCAGCAAAAACAGCAGCAGCAACCGCGAGCACGUUCCAUUACAAGGACAAAUAACAGUAGGUCAACAGAGACUGAGAGGAAUACACAGCCUAGCAGUAAAUCUGAAAUCGGUCAACAAUAUACAGGAAAGUACAGCAUGCAUAGUGAUAAAAAAGACACGGCACAACAGAAACCAGAGUCAAUUAACCCCGUCUCCAGUGGGACAAAUGCAGGCUUGAACACAGCUUUUGAAAAAGACCAUGAUGCAUUUAUCGAGGAAAUUAUGAAUAAAUAUUCCAUAUUCACAAAUGGGUACCAUGACUCAGGAUUCGAGGAUUCGGUUAAUCACAACAACACAGUUGCUAACAACAACAAUGUUCAGUCUCCUGAACGUAAACAUGCACCUAUCAACAUGGCUCCAGCACUGGUAACCGGUCGGUCGACCAUUGUCAGGUCCACAUCCUCGUCCUCUACAAUCUCUGUGCCCGAACCAGUACGACCCAUCACGCCCACACUGGAACGUCAGCAACGAGUGAAUUUUGACGAGUUAGGUGUGUAUGACAGUGAUUCAACUGACACUGAAUAUUUCUGA